UCUUUAAAGCAUACCCCAUUUUUUAACAACCCCUUAUAACCUCUUUGCUUCAAGCUCUGAACAACAACUUACACAGAGUUCAUAGCUUUUUAAGGUACUUAGUUUACCCUUUUUGAUUUCUUGUUUUUUCUCCAUCAUUUUCCUUUCAUAUUUCAGUUGUUUCAGUACCAUAAAGUUUGAAUUUUGAAGGGAAAAAAUGUGUGCUUAAGUGUGUUGUUUAAAGAUACAAUCUUUUGUGUGUUUUCUUGACUGUUGCUGAGAAAAUGAGGGAUUUCCCAUCUUGUUUUGGUGAAAAUGGGGUUCAAGUUGCUGAUGCUUCUUGUUCAAGUGUUGUUGGAGUAACUAAAGCUCCACAGAAUUUAGUAACCUGUGUUUAUCAGUGUAAAUUACUAGGCAAAUCUUGUCUUAUUACGGUUGUUUGGACCAAGAGUUUAAUGGGGCAAUGUCUUAGUGUUGAAAUUGAUGAUAUGUCUCAUCAGUGUCUUUGUAAAGUUGAUGUAAAGCCUUCAUUGUUCUCAAAAAGGAAAGGGUCAAGGUCUUUGGAAGUUAAGUCUUUUAAAAUCGACAUCUGUUGGGACUUUUCUAUGGCCAAAUUUGGAUCUGGGCCUGAACCUACUGAAGGUUACUAUUUGGCUAUAUUAUGCAAAGGACAAAUGGUUUUGGCUAUUGGGGAUCUAAGAAAAGAAGCAUUCAAGAAAACUAAUGCAAAUCCUCCAAUUUCAAAUGCAAUGUUUAUUUCCAAAAGGGAACACAUAUUUGGUAAAAGGGUGUUUUGCACUAAGGCUCAGUUUUGUUAUACAGGUCCAGUUCAUGAAGUUACAAUUGAGUGUGACUCUAAUGGCAUUGAUGAUCCUUGCCUUUUGGUUCGUAUCGAUUCAAAAACUGUAAUGCAAGUGAAGCAUUUGAGAUGGAAGUUUCGCGGUAAUUACACUGUUUUAAUUGAUGGACUACCUGUUGAAGUGUUUUGGGAUGUUCAUAAUUGGUUGUUUAGUAGCAAUUUUGGAAAUGCUGUGUUCAUGUUUCAAACUUGUUUAUCAGCUGAGAAAUUGUGGACUACACACACCCUAUCUGAUCUUUCAGUGAUGCCUUGGCCUUGUACAGAGAGUUUGAGCAAUUCCAAAUCACCUGGUUUGGGUUUUUCUUUGGUUUUGUAUGUUUGGAAGAAUGAGUAGUUGAGUGUUCUUCUAGUAAUUCCCAACAAAGAUUUAAUUUUUUAAGAUCUUGUUUGUGAACUGGAUUUGAGUUAUUUCUAAUGAAUAUACUUUUUUCUUUUCUUUUCA